AUGGGCGGCCUUCCCUCUGACUCAGAGCCGGCCACACCGGCUGAGGAGCUUCCCCCGAGCCAGCCGACCUCGCCUAGCUCUCCCGAGUCGUCGGAUGAAAGCACUCCCCUCGAUGCCCCUAGCUCUACCUCCGCCUCAGAGACUGCUCCAGGUGUCUCUCCGGGUAGCACUGGUAGUGCUGGUAGCGCCGGCAGCACCGCUAAUGCCAGCUCCGAGCAGCCGCCUCGUCGAGUCCCAUCCCUCAGAGCCAUAUCCGAUCCUCAGAACACCGGUGCUCCCCUCAAUCCAAGCUCCAGCGUCACUGGCUUGCUCAGUACUGCCAGAAGACCAACACCAAGCGCGAGCAGCAUCCCAUCUGACCUGCUCCAAAAGGCACGAGCCUUGCAGGAGCAACGUCUGAGUAUGGGUUUUCGCGGUCCCGGCUCACCCGUCAACAUGAAUAUGCACAUGAACAUGCCGCAGCCCAUCGGCCCGGGCGGUAUUCCCGCCAAUUUCAAGUUACCCCCCGGAAUGGGCAGGCCAAUACAUCCCGGCUUCCCCAAGUCUGCUCCAGCCGUGCCAGGAGCUGUUAGAAAAGCUCCUGGCCUGAGUGAGAGGAGAGCUAUGAAGCUGGGAAGCCUGUCCGGUUCCAACAGUCCAUCACCAGCUCCCACGCCGAAGCUUGCUGACCUGGGCGAGGUAUCCAAGGCACCGGCUCUCAACGGCGAAGGGCGAGGCUCAAAGUUCAGCGACUUCUCCAAGUACAUCGACACCGAGAAGGGUUGGAUCACCUUCGAGGGCGCAGCGACCAUCACCCGGACGGGGGUCAACUUUGCUAAUGGCCAGACCUUCUCCAUCUCGCUGGACGAGAUCGAGGUACUUGACGAGCUGGGCAAGGGCAAUUACGGUACUGUCUACAAAGUGCGACAUGCUCGACCCAAGGCCCCGCGUUUCGGGCAGGGGCUGAGUGGCUUCCGAAAGACACCUUCGGCGCAAUCGCCAUCUGAAGAAGCCGAUGCCGCGUCCCGGGAGAUCUCCUCGGCAACUUCUACAAGCGGAGGAAGCGGCCGUACAACCUCGGGUGUGGUCAUGGCCAUGAAGGAGAUCCGCCUCGAGCUAGAUGAGGCCAAGUUCACAACAAUUCUUAAGGAACUUGUCAUCCUGCACGAAUGCGUGUCUCCUUAUAUUAUUGACUUCUAUGGUGCCUUCUUCCAGGAGGGAGCCGUCUACAUGUGUAUUGAAUACAUGGAUGGAGGCAGCAUCGACAAGCUGUAUGCUGGUGGCAUACCUGAGAGCGUUCUGCGCAAGAUCACGUAUGCGGCGGUCGUCGGUUUGAAGACGUUGAAAGAGGAUCACAACAUCAUCCAUCGCGAUGUUAAGCCAACUAAUAUCCUUGUCAACACCCGCGGGCAGGUCAAGAUCUGCGACUUUGGCGUGUCGGGUAACUUGGUUGCUAGUAUGGCCAAGACGAAUAUCGGCUGCCAGAGCUACAUGGCUCCAGAACGCAUCAGCGGCGGUGGUGUUGCUAAUGGCACAUACAGCGUCCAGAGUGAUAUCUGGAGCUUGGGGCUCACCAUAAUUGAGUGUGCCAUGGGCCGGUAUCCCUAUCCUCCUGAAGUUUCUAGCACCAUCUUCGGCCAGCUGAGCGCCAUCGUCGACGGUCCUCCCCCCUCCAUCCCUGCCUCAGCGAAUUACUCCCCCUCCGCGCACGACUUCGUCCGCUGCUGCCUCAACAAGAUUCCCUCCCAACGCCACACCUACCCCAUGCUCCUCGCCCACCCGUGGAUCGCAUCCCUCACCAAACCCGAAACCAUCGCCGAAGACGCUGAGGCCGAGGCCGCCGCCACAACGGCAGAGACCUCCGGCAGUCUCGAAGACGCUGCUGCUGCAAUGCAGGCUGCACAAAAGAGUCUUGAGGGGCUCAAGCUCAACCAUCCUGGUGGGAAGCUGGCUGAGGGGGAUUAUGAGGUCGCUGAGUGGGUUAAGAGUGUGUUGGAGAGGAAGAAGAGUGAGGGAGUGAAGCCUGGAAAGGCCGGGGGUAACAAGCCCGCGUUGCAUGCCGCGCCGCUGAAUAAGAUCGGCAGUGGUGGCGGCGAUAGCAUGUCCGAGACGAAAGCCUCUUAG